CAACUUUGAUUAGAUGAGCCUUGCGUUGCGUUGAAAUAAAUAAAAUACAAAACGUUAAAAAGGCGAUGUUUCCAUUCCAUAUGCUCCUGCUCAUUGUUUCUAGCUUCUCCCUUGACAUAGCUUUCUGCUUCCAUCUCACACCUUCCCCCCAAAAAAAAAGUCAAGAGUCAAACUAGAGCAGCCGUGUCGAGGUGAUCGGUUCUUUCGAAAGUUGAGAGGCAAUUGCAAAGAUGUCGGUGUCGAUGUCAGAGGAAAGUUACGCGCACCGCGAUGAAGCUAGCGCCGGAUACCAUAACCACAACCAGUUCAGCAAAUAUAGCAGCAGUACUGUGUGCGAGAUAGAGGAAGAGAGUCCAAGCGAGACCUUUGAGAUCAACCAUGGAGUUCCGAUGGCGUCGAUCAGAGAAGAGUUUGAAGGUAGCUUGUUUUCGGUUGAUGUUCAGAACUCGGAAGAUAGCGUGUAUGUGGGCGUGGGCAAGAGCGAUUCCAGCAUGGACGCGCUAGCCUGGACAUUGAAGCACGCUGUUACUCCCUCCACCAUCGUCUACCUCGUACAUGUCUUCCCGGAGGUACGAUACAUCCCAAGUCCAUUAGGAAAGCUUCCUAAGCAUCAAGUGAGUCCAGAGCAAGUAGAGAGCUAUAUGGCCCAAGAAAGAGACAAGAGGGGACAACUCCUUCAAAAAUUUCUUGAUGCGUGUUCCACUUCCAAGGUUAAGGUAGACACCAUUCUAAUCGAAAGUGAUAUGGUUGCAAGUGCAAUCCGGGACCUCAUUCCCAUUCUCAACAUAAGAACACUGGUUGUUGGAACCACUAAGUCCAGUCUAAGGAAAUUGAGGUCUAAGAGAGGAAGUGGGGUAGCUGAUCAAAUGCUUCAGAAUGCAGCGGAAGGAUGUGUGGUUAAGGUCAUAUGUGAAGGAAAAGAAGUGACUGAAGAUCAGAUGAUUGAGUCACCUUCUCCACGAAGCAAUGACAUUAAUCCCAAGCCUACACAAGAUCAGGAAGAUCAACGCAACGAUACCUUUUCAUGUAUGUGUUUUAAAAUUUAAACCUAAUUUAAGUGUAUGUAAUUAAGUUGUAUAAUUAAUUGCCAUGAAACAUGUCAAGAACAUGAACAGAUCGAUUUCUGGGAUGGAAUCAAAACUGUAUCUGAUGUUGGCAUGUUAAUUCACAUUAACGCCACUCCUCCAUUUGUGAUU